AUGACUGUACCCAUCAAGAACUUGUUAUCUCUUAAAGAGGUGUUCCAAAGAAAUACCUAUUUGCCUUUAUGGUUUGUGACCCGGGAGCGGCCCCGGGAGCGGCGCCGGGAGCGCGGCGCGGCUGCGGCGCCUCCAGCGCGGCCUCAAGGACCCCCAGGACCCCCCAGACCCCGGCCCCGCGCUGCGCCGGCGCCUGCAGGAGCUGCAGAGGGAGGCCGUGCUGGCCAAACGCCGAGGGGACAACGCCACCGCCCUGGGCCACUUCAGGGCAGCCAAGGUACGCCCAGAACCCCCACAGUCUCCCCCAAACCCCCUCUGCUCCCCCAAAAUCCCCCUUCUCCCCGUGCUUUGCAGAGGCUGGAGGCGCAGCUGGAGGCACUGGAGCGAGGCCCUGCCCCCGAUCCACAGGCUGAGGAGACGAGGGAUCCGCCAGGGAGGGAUCCAGCAGGGAAGGAUCCAGCAGGGAAGGAUCCAGCAGCCCGGGAUCCAGCAGCCGGGGAUCCAGCGGCCCCCAGCCCAGAGGCGCCGCGGGACGUGCGGGAGGCGCUGGAGCAGCGCAUGGAGCGGUACCGGGCGGCCGCGGGCCAGGCCCGGGCCAGCGGGGACGACAGGAAGGCCAGGAUGCACGAGAGGAUCCUCAAGCAAUACCAGGCCGCUCUCCGUGCCCUGGCCGCGGGCAGAGCCGUGGAUCUCUCGGAGCUGCCGGUGCCCCCGGGCUGCCCCCCCAUCCCGGGCGUGGAGGGCCCGGCUGAGCCCGGCAUCUCCGGGGUGCUGGAGGACGCGCUGAGGCUGACGGAGCAGCAGCAGCAGGAGGAGGAGGAGGAGGAGGAGGAGAAAGAGGGCACCAAGGUCCAGCCCAGCGCUGCCCCUGUGCCCCCCCCCAAACAACCCCCCCGGAAUUCCCAGCCCGCUCCCAAAGCUGCUGGAAAAGCCCAGCAGCAGCUGGAGCUGCUGGAGCUGCGGCGCCGGCAGCUGGCGCAGGCCGCGCUGCGCGCCAAGCGCCGCCACGACCUGGAGGGAGCCAAGGCCCUGCUGCGCCAGGCCCGGGCCGUGCAGGGGCUGCUGGGGGCUGCCCGCGGGGGGCUGCCCGUGGACCUCGCCCAGGUGCCCGAGGUGCCCCUGGACGGGGCCGAGUUCGAGCUGGGCCCAGCCGGGGGGGCCCCGAUGCCCCCCGAGGUGGCCAAAACCUUCCAGCAGCUGGCCGGGGCCCUGAAGAGGCAGCACGAGAUGUGCCUCACCUACUCGCGGCAGUUCGCUCGCCUGGGCAACAUCGCCGAGACCGCCAGGAUGUUCCCCGAGCUGAGCAGCAGCGACCUGGAGCUGGGCAUCGAGCGGGGGAGGGGCAUCCCAGUGCCCCCAGGUGUGGCCCCAGGUGACCUGGACACCUUCGUGCGCUUCGAGUUCCCCCACCCCAGCGCGGUGAGUGACCCAAAAACGGGUCUGGGACCCCAAAAUGGACCUGGGACCCCAAAAAUGGGCUUGGGACCCCCAGAAAUGGAACUGGGACCCCAAAAAUGGUUGGGGCUAUUUUGGGGCUGUUUUGGGGUUAUUUUGGGGCCCUUAGGGGGCUGGUUUGGGGCUAUUUCUUUGGGGCUGUUUUGGGGCCGGGCCCCGUGCCCCCUGACCCCCACCCGCAGGGGGCUGUUCCGGCCCGAGCGCGCGCUGGGCUCGGCGCUGCUGCGCCUCGAGGGGCUCGAGGGGAGCUGCGAGCUGCGCCAGCAGCUGGAGCUGCUGGACGGGCGGCGCCGCACGGGCGGGCUGCUGGAGGUCUGGGUGCGGCUCCGGGAGCCGCUGGGGCCGCAGCGGGAGCUGGAGCCGCGCUGCGAGCGCUGGCUGGUGCUGGAGCCGGCGCCCGAGCCCGCCCUCGCCGUCCCCAAACCGAGCGCGGCUGCCCCGAGGGACGGGCUAUUUUGGGGCUGUUUUGGGGUUAUUUUGGGGCCCUUAGGGGGCUGGUUUGGGGCUAUUUCUUUGGGGCUGUUUUGGGGCCGGGCCCCGUGCCCCCUGACCCCCACCCGCAGGGGGCUGUUCCGGCCCGAGCGCGCGCUGGGCUCGGCGCUGCUGCGCCUCGAGGGGCUCGAGGGGAGCUGCGAGCUGCGCCAGCAGCUGGAGCUGCUGGACGGGCGGCGCCGCACGGGCGGGCUGCUGGAGGUCUGGGUGCGGCUCCGGGAGCCGCUGGGGCCGCAGCGGGAGCUGGAGCCGCGCUGCGAGCGCUGGCUGGUGCUGGAGCCGGCGCCCGAGCCCGCCCUCGCCGUCCCCAAACCGAGCGCGGCUGCCCCGAGGGACGGCAACAACCGACCCCUCCCGACCCUCCCCAGCCUCAACCUGCUGCACUUCGACCGCGAGCGCCUGGAGCGCAAGAUGGCUCCGCUGGGGCGCGCGGUGCCCCCCGAGCUGCGGCAGCAGCACCAGGAGCUGCAGCGGCGCAUCCAGGGGCUGCGGGCGCGGCUGCAGGGGGGCGACCCCCACUUCCGCAGGGAGUACGCCGAGCACCUGCAGCGGCACCUGCGGCUCUACACGGAGGCCGCGCGGCGCCUGGGCACGCAGGGAGAGAGGGUGGGUGAGACCCCCGCCCAACCGAGCCCCCCGAGCCCGGGGAACCCCCCCCGACCCCCCGCGGCACCCCCGGGUUCUGAGGGUUCCGCCCCAAAAAUCCUGGAAACUCCCAAAUCCUGGUGGUCCCACCCCCCCAAAAAGCACAUCUUCCUGGGUUUCUCCAAGUGCGGUCGCUACGUGCUGUCCUACACCAGCAGCUCCGACGACUUCUCCUUCUACCUGUACCACCUGUACUGGUGGGAGUUCAACGUGCACAGCAAGCUGCGCCUGGUGCGCCAGGUGCGGCUGUUCCAGGGCGAGGAGAUCUACAGCGACCUGUACCUGACCGUGUGCGAGUGGCCCGGGGACAGCGACAAGGUCAUCGUCUUCGGCUUCAACACGCGCUCGGCGCCGGGGCUGCUGCUGAGCGCCAUGCUGAUGAGCGACGAGAAUCACCGCGACAUCUACGUCAGCGCCGUGGCCGUGCCCCCCCCGCGGCACUGCCCCGCCUGCCGCCGGCCCCCCGGGACCCCCG